UAGCGCAAACAUCAAUUUUAACCUGUCAAACAUAGAACCUUCCUAGUAAUGGCGCGUAAUCUUUUUCACGCUUGUAAAACAUUCAAUCUGAACACACACAACUCUGCUUUGACCGAUUAAAAAAAGAAGAGAAAAACAUUAAAUUAUUCUUCCGGCGACGUCUGAUUUGAGCAAGUUGCUAUAGAACUGGCCUAUCAGUAGAGAGUAGUGUGGAAAUCAAACUUGACAUGAUCAAAACUAUUAGGUCAGCCACGUUCUUUCAGAAAUAGAGACACCCAGGUCAAAAAGAGGUGACAUUGGUCCAGCCACACAAACUCCAAAAUCAAUACCAGAAAAAAGGUUUGUAAAUUCAUCCGUCCUGGUAUAUUGGCAUUUCCACAGAGGUCAACGGCUUUCUAGUGCAGAACAAUCAUGCCAUUCAUGAUGUUCCUUAUGUGAAGAGAGGAUCCAGGUGAAGCCGAAGAGAGUGGUCUGGUUAACAGGUUGUGGGUGUUUCUGUGAUUCAAUUCCACAGCAACCAUGAAUUAUUCGUCAAGCAGCUGUUUAUCCAAUCCUAGUGGAAUGGCAGUAGGGGAGGGCUCGUCUUGUGCCACUUCACCAUACGAGAUCUGCACACCUGAGGUCAAAGCUUUGCACAUCCUCAGCCAAAAUUUUCAAACUCUUAUUUCUCCAAACAACCAAGCUGAUUUCAGUGAUGCCCAGAUUAUGGUCGGGGAUGAAGUUGUUCCCGUUCACCGCUGUAUAUUGGGUGUCCGAAGCCCCUUCUUCAGAAACCUUUUCUCCAAAAAGACAACACCAACAAGGUCUAGUAGUACUACUGACAGCAGUACUAGUACUAGUACAGGGGAGGGGUUGAAGUAUGAGUUGAAGGAGCUGUUGAGUGAAUGGAAUGUUGGGUACGAAGCAUUUAUGAUAGUGCUGGGGUACUUAUAUAGUGGCAAACUGGUAGAGCCUCAAGCUGGGGUGUGUACUUGUGUUGAUCCUAUAUGCCCACAUGAUGUCUGUCGACCUGCCAUUGAUUUUGCAGUGGAGUUGCUCUAUUCUGCUUAUGUUUUCCAGAUCCCUGAACUGGUUUCUCUCUCCCAGCGGCAUCUCCUAGAGAUUGUGGAGAAUGCUUAUCCAGAGGACGUCAUCCCAAUACUGGCAGUAGCAAAUAAAUGUCAGAAUGGAAAUGAUCCAUUGUUGACAAAGUGCCUUGAGCUAGUGGCGAGAUCUGAUAUUGAUCAUACAGCUUUUGAGAAGGAGCUCCCUCCACAGGUAGUUGUUCAACUUGGUGAGCAACGGUCACAAUUGGGUUUGGAAAUAAGAGAUACAAUCUCUCUGCAUUACAAAAAUGUCAGGAGAAUACAGAGAGCACUUGACUCUGAUGAUGUCGAGUUGGUGAGAAUGCUGUUGACUGAGGGCCCAGUUACUCUUGAUGAUGCUUAUGCUCUGCAUUAUGCAGCGGCAUAUUGUGAUUCAAAGAUUACAAGAGAGCUGUUGGAGCUUGGAAAUUCUGAUGUUAAUCUUAUAAAUGCCAGAGGAUACUCAGUGCUUCAUAUAGCUGCAAUGCGCAAAGAACCUGCCAUACUCGUGUCACUUUUAACAAAAGGAGCUGAUCCUUCUGAAGUAACAAAAGAUGGAAGAAAUGCUCUUCAGAUCUUGAGGAGACUUACUAGAGCUAUCGAUUACAAUAGCUCAACAGCAACAGGCAAGAAGACUCCAAACGACAGGCUAUGCAUUGAGAUACUUGAACAGGCAGAGAGAAGGGAACCACUCUUGGGAGAUGCAUCUCAUUCUCUUGCCCUGGCAGGAGAUGAUUUACGCAUGAGAUUGCUUUACCUGGAAAAUAGAGUUGCUCUGGCAAGGCUUCUGUUUCCUUUGGAAGCAAAACUAGUAAUGGAUAUUGCUCAUGUGGAUUCAACUUCAGAGUUCACAUGUAAUGGAUCUUCUAAUCUUGCAACAGUGAAUCGGGGGGGCAGUGUAGAUCUUAAUGUGACACCCAUUGCAAUCAACAAGGAACACCUUUCCAGGAUGAAGGCCCUGUCAAAAACUGUUGAAUUGGGUAAGCGCUUCUUUCCUCGUUGUUCAGAUGUCCUGAAUAAGAUCAUGGAUGAUGAUAUGUCAGAGUUUGCUUCUUUAGAGAAAGGCACUUCAGAAGAGCAGAGACUAAAAAGACAACGCUAUGAUGAACUUAAGGCUGUUGUAUCAGAGGCUUUCAUGCAGGAUAAAGAAGAAUUUCAAAAAUCAAGUCUGUCGUCAUCAUCAUCAUCAUCAUCUCUAAGAGAUGGUCAGAGACAUAAAAAAGUUCAAAAAAUACAGUAAAUUCUUUGAGAUAUCUUUGUACAUAACAUGCAACAAACAAAUGGAAACAUGCAACAAAGAAGUGUUUGGGUGCUCCUAUUCUGCUUUGAUAAAUGGUGGGUUGGAGCUUUUACAAUAAUGUCCACUUCAAAGGAUUUAUUGCAGUGCGUGGGUUAGUAACAGUGUCUUGUCUCUUAAGGUGGUAAAGCUUUGAGCAAGAGAUGUUUCUAUCCUUCACACUUCACAUAGCUUUAUAGUUGAGUUAUAGUAAGUUUCAGCACAGUUUGACAGCAGAAAUGUUACCAAAGAACAAUAACAACAGGAGUAUUAGUGAGUUAAGAAAUCAUACAGCAUGUGACCUUAGUUAAAAUUUAUUUCUAUGUUGCUUGGACAGAGAGGAUAAGCGGGACACCUCAUUUUAACAAAAUUGCAUAGGCCAGUGAGAAUAUGAAUUCAUCUAAGUGGAGUCUGCAUCUCACUUGCCAACUAUAUUUUGUGUGGGUUAGAUGGCUUCCAUGAUUAAUGCCUAACAAUGGCAUUGACCAACUUGUCCUCCAAGCGUACUUUGUAAGUAACUUUGUGUAUUAUAAACCAACAGGUUGAAGUUGUAGACUUUGCUGGAAGAUUCCGGAGUUGUAUGCCCAGAAGUCACUGCAAAUGUUUGGUUUACUCUCUUUCAUUCAUCCGUCCAACAAGUUGCAAGUGUAGCCCACAUGACCAACUGUGGCUUCAAAGUUGCAUUACAAUAUUUCUGUUGUUAUUUUCCACUGCAGAGCUCUGCAUAUUGUUGUAUUUAUAGAUUGCUUUUGUGUGAGAAAAUUAUAACUAUUAGUACCAUUGGGUGCAGAGUUUUGAUCGUU